AAAAGCCGGAAGUAGCUGUUUUAGUUUGUUUAGUUCUAACGCAGGCGUCGUAGCGCCUCUUGUGCUCAGUGUUUGAUAAUGAACCGAUGAGUUGUUGCUCUCUUUCACAACACGUGACAACAUGGAGCUGUUGGUGUGAUCUGGGUCACUGCAGUGUAGAAGCUGUUACAAAGAAAGAAUUAGGCUUUUCACACGUCUCUGUUCUGGUCCAGGUGGAGAGGAAGAGGAAGAGAGGAGCUGCAGUAAUGGGGACCGUUAUCUCCAGGUGGAAGGCGAAACCUUCCACGGUGGAACGUCUGGAGGAGUUGGAUAAGGAAAUUAAGGACCUGGAGGAAUUCCGUGGGAAGAACCAGCGCAUGCAGAAGCUGUGGGUCGGAAGAUUGCUCUUCUACUCGGCUGCUCUGUACCUGCUCACCUGUUUCAGCGUUUAUUACCUGUACCUGCCUGAGGAGUGGAGCGGCCGGCUCGUCACCUCGCUGCCGCUGAUCGCCUUCCCGGCACUCGUGUGGUUCGCACGCAAGCUGCUCAUCAUCAUCUUCUCCAAGCGCACAGAAAAAAACAAUGAAAAAUUAGAGGAUUUAAAGUCGGAAAAAAGAAAAAUUCUUGAGGAGGUGAUGGAAACUGAGACCUACAAAAAUGCCAAGUUGAUUCUGGAAAGAUUCGAACCGGAGUCGAAGAUGAAAGCGGAAGCUGAAGCGGCUCCAGUUCGACCCCAGUCGACACCCAAACCAGGACAAGAGGUGCGGCAGCGUCAUGUUGCCAUGUCCACACCCGGCCCCAUGCCACGCCCCCCACAACACGGAGCCACGCCCCUUCGUUCUGCCCCUGGCGGCCCUCCUGAUAACAUCCACGGAGCUUCGGGAUCAAGUCCGGCACUGAGCAGCAGCACGGAGACGCCACCACAGAUGAGGAGGAAUUUGAGCCCUUACUCCCCUGUGCUGGGAACAGGUAUGCACCCCCCGGGUCCUCCGAUGGCGCGACCCGUCCUCCCCCGAGAACGCAGUGCAGUGGACCGGGUCAUCGAGUACCUGGUGGGAGACGGACCACAAAACAGAUACGCUCUGAUUUGUCAGCAGUGUUUCUCUCAUAACGGUAUGGCCUUGAAGGAGGAGUUUGAAUAUUUGGCCUUUCGCUGUGCCUACUGCUACUUCAUGAACCCGGCGAGGAAGACGCGGCCACAAGCCCCCAGACUCCCAGAGUUCAGCUUUGAGCGCAGACUUCGCUCUGAGUCUCCUGACCCACAAUCCUCAGCAGCAUCUAACACUCCGGAGGAUAGCGACGCCCACGAAGAAAAUGUUUUGUCGAGUCCUCGUCCCCGUUCCUCAAUAGGUGUAACUCCGUGGAGCAAAGUUCACAGUUUCAGCAGAGACCACACAGAUGAUGUGGAACCUGCUGCCUCUACUGACGUACCGGAGACGGAAGUAGCCGACGCCCCGCCCACAAUCGACGCCCCGCCCAUAACCGACGCCCCGCCCACAAUCGACGCCCUGCCCAAAAGCGAGGAUGUGCCACGACCCGAUGAAAGUCCCGCCCCCUGCGAGGAACAAGAAGCUCAGAUAUGAGUUCAGCUGCAGCUCUGGAUGCUCCAAAUGCUGUGUGUGAAUGUUUUUGAGGGUUUAUGCAGCCUUUAAUUUAUUUCUUAGUAUCUCUUUUGCUGAAAUGUAUUUGCACUAGUUUGUUUUUUUUUGCGCCAAAUUCUAGUAUCACAUAGAAAGAAAAAAACACGCACUCCUGAGCUUUGGUAUAUACUGUGUAUUGUAUUUAACACAGCUUAACUAGCCAGUUGGAGGUUCUGUAGACCUGUGUGUGUGUGUGAAAACACGCACUCCUGAGCUUUAGUAUAUACUGUGUAUUGUAUUUAACACAGCUUAACUAGCCAGUUGGAGGUUCUGUAGACCUGUGUGUGUGUGUGUGUGUGUGUGUGUGUGUGUGUGUGUGUGUGUGUGUGUGUGUGUGUGUGUGUGUGUGUGUGUGUUAAAGAAGUGUGUGUGUGUGUUAAAGAAGUGUGUGUCAUUUCAACCACAAAUCUAUAAAAGUGUAGAGGAAAUAGGUUUUUAAACACAGCAGGUUAGUAUCAGAUUUUUUUUAAACAUUCUGUAAAUUUAGACCGUUUUCCUCCUGUUUUUCGACAAGACGGACUUUGUGGUAUUAUUUCUUUCGUUUACAGUUUCAGUUCAGUGUAAACUACAGUAUUUCGAUCAAUUUGCCAGUCGUUUAACUUGUUUACCUUUUACGUCCGUCUCGAACUAUCGUGUUCUGGUUGCUUUUAAAUACUUAUUGGUAAUUAAAAAACAAUGUCUGGUGCCUUUAUGUAAAAAAACAAA